AUGGAGGGUCGGCUCGUUUGGAUUAGCCCUAGUGCGGGUGGGUCCUGGAGCCAGAGCCCUUCAGGAUUGCAGGACAAUGUGCAUCAGCCCUCGUUUGAAGAGCGUUUCCCAAGAACGGGAGCCGAGAUUCAAAGGGUUUACGACGAUUCUGAAAUCAGAAAACGCAUGGGAUUGGAGGACGAUUAUCCCCGUUCCGGCAUUGCAAAGGCCGACACAGAUGAAUUCCAACAAGCCGCCAAAGAAGACAAGGCCGGAGAUCUUCCCAAAAAUUCCCCUCUCACUGUACCGCUUCCCAUCCAAAUCUAUACUUGCAUUAUUCGUCAGUAUCAAAUUAUCUGGGGCGACAAAGCCACUUUCGCCAUCAAGCAGAUCACCUGUGUCGUCCAAGCUCUGAUCGCGGGAUCUCUGUUCUACAAUGCACCCAACAACUCGGCUGGACUCUUCGUCAAAGGCGGCGCUCUCUUCUUCGCAUUGCUUUACAACGCUCUUGUCGCUAUGAGUGAGACAACGGAGUCCUUCACGGGCAGACCCGUGCUCGCUAAGCACAAAGAGUUUGCCUUCUAUCGCCCGGCGGCCUUUUGUAUUGCGCAGAUCACUGCUGAUCUACCGAUUAUCUUCGUCCAAGUUACCCUAUUUUCCGUCAUUCUAUACUGGAUGGUUGCAUUGAAAGCAACGGCAGGUGCCUUUUUCACUUUUUGGGUCCUCGUCUACUCGGUGACGAUAUGCAUGACCGCCCUCUUCAGAUUAGUGGGAGCCGCAUUCAGCAGCUUUGAUGCCGCCUCAAAAGUAUCUGGAUUCGCUGUAACGGCGCUGGUUACCUACAUUGGUUAUCAGAUUCCAAAGCCUGAAAUGCAUCCAUGGUUUGUAUGGAUCUACUGGAUCAACCCAAUGUCCUAUGGGUUCGAGAGUUUGGCCGCGAACGAGUUCCAUGAUCGGCACAUCCCGUGCUUUGGCAAAUAUUUGAUCCCUAGUGGACAAGGAUAUGACGACACAUACGCCGCAUGUGCUGGUGUUCGUGGUGCCGAGGCAGGAGCCAAUUUUGUGACUGGCGACCAGUAUCUCAGCUCUCUGUCCUACUCGAACAGUCAUCUCUGGAGAAACUUUGGAGGUACGGUGUAUUUCGGAAACAUUGGCGACAAUGCCGCCGAGAUCAAGGACUACUUCGAGCGUAACGGCGCACCGUGCCCACCAGGUGCUAAUCCUGCAGACCAUAUGAUCGACGUUGUCUCUGGAUCCCUCUCGCAUGGCAAGGACUGGAACAAGGUGUGGCUAGAGUCUUCCGAGUACACUGCUAUGAUGCUAGAGCUAGACCACAUCAUCGACGACGCUGCUUCCAAGCCUCCAGGCACAGUUGAUGAUGGCCAUGAAUUUGCCCUGUCCAUAUGGGAGCAGACCAAGCUGGUCACACACCGCAUGAACGUUUCCUUGUAUCGCAACACCAAUUAUACGACCAACAAAUUUGCGCUGCACAUCGGCUCCGCAUUGUUCAACGGGUUCACCUUUUGGAAGAUUGGGCAUUCCGUCGCCGGCCUACAGCUCACCUUGUUUGUACAAUUCAAUUUCGUCUUUGUUGCUCCCGGAGUGAUCGCUCAACUUCAGCCUCUGUUCAUUGAGCGGAGAGACUUGUACGAAGCACGAGAGAAGAAGAGCAAGAUGUAUCACUGGGCACCUUUCGUUACUGGACUGAUCGUCUCUGAGCUCCCUUACCUGGUCAUCUGCGCGAUAUUGUACUACAUUUGCUACUACUACACCGCUGGUCUACCUUCAGAUUCCAGCAAAGCCGGGGCCAUUUUCUUUGUCAUGCUGAUGUACGAGUUCCUGUACACGGGUAUUGGCCAAUUCAUUGCAGCGUACGCCCCCAACGCUGUCUUCGCGUCACUGGUCAAUCCGUUGCUGAUUGGCAUUCUCGUGUCUUUCUGUGGAGUCUUGGUACCGUAUUCACAGAUUCAGGCCUUCUGGAGGUAUUGGUUGUACUAUCUCAACCCAUUCUCAUAUCUGAUGGGCAGCCUGCUGCUUUUUCCUCUUUUCGACAAAUCAGUCCGCUGCAAGGAGUCCGAGUUCGCCAUUUUCGACACACCUAACGGACAGACCUGCCGAGAGUAUUUGUCGGACUACCUGAAUGGUUCGGGAUCGAGGACAAAUCUCACAAACCCGGAUGCAACAAGCGGAUGCCGGGUGUGUCAGUAUAGCCGCGGUAGUGAUUACCUUUACACGGUGAACUUGAAGGAUUACUACUAUGGCUGGAGGGAUAACGCUAUUGUUAUCAUUUUCGUGGUGAGCAGUUAUGCUUUGGUAUACGUGAUGAUGAAAUUGAGGACCAAGGCGACAAAGAAGGCUGAAUGAUAGGGACAUCUAUGUGCCCAGUCCCAAUCAGCCUACAUCAGACAUAAUCUAAUCUUGAAUCAAG